AUGCCAGAAUUUCAUCCAGCAUUUUAUAUAGCCAACCUGACAAUCAUUUUCAACAAAUGGCUGCUUGACACGGCCGGGUUCACUAUCCUCCUGACAACCCUCCACCUGACGACCUCAACCCUGCUAACCCAAUGCCUCGCCCGCUUCACCCCACUCCUCAAUGGCCGACACGGCACCAAGCUCACGGGGCGAGCCUACCUCCGGACGAUCCUGCCGAUCGGGGUGCUGUACACGGCCUCGCUGCUGUGCUCGAACCUGGCGUACCUGUACCUUUCGGUGGCGUUCAUACAGAUGCUCAAGGCCGCUGCGCCGGUGUCGACGCUGGUGCUGUCAUUCUGGCUCGGGCUCGACAACCCGCGGGUGUCCCGGCUCUGGAACGUGCUGGCCAUCGCCGCGGGCGUGCUGCUGAGCAGCCUCGGCGAGGGCCGGUUCAGCUGGGCCGGCUUCGGGUACCAGAUGCUCGGGACGCUGGCCGAGUCGCUGCGGCUGCUGCUGAUCCAGGGCCUGCUGAGCAGCAGCAGCAAGGAAACCGGGGAGGGCGGCGGGGCCAGAAGCGAGGCGCACGUCGCCAAGGGGGUGGGCAUGAAUCCGCUCGUGGGGUUGUAUUACUACGCGCCCAUCUGCGCGGUUCUGAACGGAAUUGUGGCACUGAUGGUCGAGAUGCCCCAUUUUGACCCGGCAGACCUGCAGAGAGUUGGAUGGGGUAUUUUGGGACUGAACGGGCUGGUGGCGUUCAUGUUGAACGUUGCGAGUGUGUUCCUGAUCGGACGUACGUCAGCGCUUGCCAUGAGUCUCACGGGGAUCCUCAAGAGCAUCCUCCUCGUCGCGGUGUCCAUGCUGAUUUGGCACACGCCGAUGACGCUGCUGCAGGCGAUCGGAUACUUGAUCGCGCUCGUGGCCAUGUUCUAUUACUCUAUGGGCGGAGUUGACCAGGCGAAGAGUCACGUCACAGCCGGCAAGGCAUGGCUCGUCGAGAACAGCAAAACAUUGUUCUCAUCAGGACAAUCAUAUCAAGUCGUGCCCACAGAGGCUGGUGGCCCCCGAGCGAUACCGGAAGAUCUGGAAAGAGGCCAAUCAGGGGCUAAUACUGGUCAGAGAUGCGAGGAAAAUGAGAGAUUGGCCGCACAGCAUGGAUGAGAACUAGAUGAGGUUUACUCGGUACUCCUAUCAGAGUUCGCGUGGUCUACAUAUCCCCGCCAUGAAUACUUUUUGCCACUAAUGAUUUGGCACAAUGUUAACCCAGGCGCGGCGUUUGUCUCGUGAAGUGCCUAAUCUGAGUGAGCGCGUUCAAGUAGUUGUUUUCAUUUGGUCUUCUCGGACCAUAUUGAUUCAUUCCUAUUUAUGUCGGCGUGGAAAAGAAUCAUGCGCGACUCUGGCGAGCAUGGACAGACAUUCCAUUAUUCUCAAUUACAAUAUGCAAACGUCGCAGUAUGGACGCUUGUGCUUUUAGGGAUCCCAUAUUUGAUCGUCCUAGAAGUCGGUUCCGCUAGAACGCCUGUUUUCUAUGUCUCAUCAUCAAUCUUAU